AUGCUCCUUCUGGGACUCAUAAGUGCGGAACUGCUCAGUCCGUGUUCAGGCGAAUCGUCUCACGUUGUGAAUCUGACUGAUUCGGUUCCAUCGGUGGUUGGAGCUCCAGUGUGGACUGGUGGGAAAAUCGUGUUAAACUCCAGAGGAACUGGGAAAUCUUCCCGUCACUCGUCGGAGUUUAUACCCGAGGCGGCCCUGCGGGUGACCUUAUCCGGACAGUGUGAGGACGGUGUGGUAGCGGGUGCAGUGUGUGUGUGUGUGUUAGUAUCCAGACAGUGUGAGGAUGGUGGGGUAGCGGGUGCGGUGUGUGUGUUAGUAUCCGGACAGUGUGAGGACGGUGGGGUAGCGGGUGCGGUGUGGGUGUUAGUAUCCGGACAGUGUGAGGACGGUGGGGUAGCGGGUGCGGUGUGUGUGUUAGUAUCCGGACAGUGUGAGGACGGUGUGGUAGCGGGUGCAGUGUGUGUGUGGGUGUUAGUAUCCGGACAGUGUGAGGACGGUGGGGUAGCGGGUGCGGUGUGUGUGUUAGUAUCCGGACAGUGUGAGGACGGUGGGGUAGCGGGUGCGGUGUGGGUGUUAGUAUCCGGACAGUGUGAGGACGGUGGGGUAGCGGGUGCGGUGUGUGUGUUAGUAUCCGGACAGUGUGAGGACGGUGUGGUAGCGGGUGCAGUGUGUGUGUUAGUAUCCGGACAGUGUGAGGACGGUGUGGUAGCGGGUGCAGUGUGUGUGUGUGUGUUAGUAUCCGGACAGUGUGAGGACGGUGGGGUAGCGGGUGCGGUGUGUGUGUUAGUAUCCGGACAGUGUGAGGAUGGUGGGGUAGCGGGUGCGGUGUGUGUGUGUGGGUGUGAGUAUCCGGACAGUGUGAGGACGGUGGGGUAG